CCAGCUGAGUUGCGGCGGCCGCGAGGUCCCCGGCAGAGCGGCCCCGGCGCGGAGCUGGGAGCUUCGGCCAGCGCCCGGCGCCCGCGCCCCCGACCCGCAGCCAUGGUGCCCGGGGCGUCCGGCGCGGCCCUGACCCUCUGCCUCUGGCUGGCGGCCUCCGGGGGCUGCCUGGCGGCCGGCCCCGGCGCGGGGGCGGCCCGGCGGCUGGACGAGUCGCUUUCCGCCGGGAGCGUCCAGCGCGCCCGCUGCGCCUCCAGGUGCCUCAGCCUGCAGAUCACGCGCAUCUCCGCCUUCUUCCAGCAUUUCCAGAACAAUGGUUCCCUGGUCUGGUGCCAGAAUCACAAGCAGUGUUCUAAGUGCCUGGAGCCCUGCAAGGCGUCCUGGGACCUGCGGAAUCAGCAGUGCCAGAGCUUCUGUGAGCCUCUGUUCCCCAAGAAGAACUAUGAAUGCCUGACCAGCUGUGAGUUCCUCAAGUACAUCCUGUCGGUGAAGCAGGGGGACUGUCCAGCUCCUGAGAAAGCCAGCGGGUUUGCCGCCGCCUGCGUGGAAAGCUGCGAGGUGGACAACGAGUGCUCUGGGGUUAAGAAAUGCUGCUCCAAUGGAUGUGGACACACCUGCCAGGUGCCCAAGACUCUGUACAAAGGCGUCCCGCUGAAGCCCAGGAAGGAGCUACGAUUCACAGAGCUGCAGUCUGGACAGCUGGAGGUCAAGUGGUCCUCGAAAUUCAAUAUUUCCAUCGAGCCGGUGAUCUACGUGGUACAGAGGAGAUGGAAUUACGGAAUCCACCCUAGUGAAGACGACGCCACGCACUGGCAGACCAUAGCCCAGACCACGGAUGAGCGGGUCCAGCUGACCGACAUACGACCCAGCAGGUGGUACCAGUUCCGCGUGGCGGCCGUCAACGUGCACGGGACCCGAGGCUUCACCGCCCCCAGCAAACACUUCCGCUCUUCCAAAGAUCCGGCCGCACCACCAGCCCCAGCCAACCUCCGGCUCGCAAACUCCACCGUAAACAGCGAUGGGAGCGUGAGCGUGACGAUGGUUUGGGACCUGCCUGAGGAACCAGACAUCCCCGUGCAUCACUACAAGGUGUUCUGGAGCUGGACGGUCAGCAGCAAGUCACUCGUGCCGACGAAGAAGAAGAGGAAGAAGACCACAGAGGGGUCUCAGAACUCCGUGACGCUGGAGCGGCUGCUGCCCAACUGCGAGUACACGGUGGAGCUGCAGGCCAUUGCGUACUGGGGCCAGACGCGCCUCAAGAGCGCCAAGGUGUCCCUCCAGUUCACGCCCACACACGCCGCCCACAACAAACAACAACUUGGGAAAACAAGAAAAAGGGUGACGCCAAUCCAGCCUCCCUUACCGAGACGACGGCCCGCGAGCCUCCUGGAAAUGGGAGCUCCGUUCUACCAAGACAACCAACUGCAAGCGAAGGUCUACUGGAAAAAGACGGAAGAUCCCGGUGUCAGUCGGUAUCACGUGCAGUGGUCUCCGGAAGUCUGUGCCCACAACGAAUCCGCCAGCCUGGAGGCAUCCUCGGCCCUGACCCAGGAAAAUUACAUGAUUCUUCAAGAUCUGUCAUUUGCCUGCAAAUAUAAGGUGACCGUGCAGCCCACACGGCCAAAGGGCCGCUUGAAAGCAGAAACCGUUUUCUUCACUACGCCGCCUUGCUCCGCCCUUAAGGGCAAAAGCCACAAGCACGUCAGCUGCCCUGGAGAAGCAGGUCACAUUCACUCCAGAGUACAAGCCAAGCCCGAGAACCUCUCCGCCUCCUUCGUGGUCCAGGACGUCAGCAUCACAGGACACUUCUCGUGGAAGAUGGCCAAGGCCACCCUCUACCAGCCCAUGACCGGCUUCCAGGUGACCUGGGCGGAGGUCACCACCGAGAGCAGGCCGAACAGCCUUCCCAACAGCAUCAUCUCGCAGUCCCAGAUCCUGCCCGCGGAUCACUACGUGCUCACGGUGCCCAGUCUGCGGCCGGCCACCCUCUACCGCCUGGAGGUGCAGGUGCUGACGGCGGCGGGGGAGGGGCCCGCCACCAUCAGGACCUUCCGGACCCCUGAUCUCCCGCCCUCGGCUGCGGCUGCGCACAGACCCCACCUUAAACAUCAGCAUGCGCAUCAUUACAAGCCGCCUCCUGAAAGAUACUGACCUCUUCCCGCAGAUGCCUGACAGCUGAUCUACUGACCGCGUGAGCUCGUGGGCCCUCCCGGACUGGCUGCGCCUGCUCCCGGAGGCAGCAGCUGUCCCUGUUAAGCCUCUGGCCCUCAUCUACCUGCACUGCACGCGAUGCUUCCACCCAGGUGGGAUGUGGCCAGAAAGCAGUGGCAGGCAGUGAGCCCCUGGAGGUGCAUAGCAGUUUCCUUUGAGAAUGGAGGAGGCCAAGGGUGGGCCUGGGUCCUGGCAAUGUCUGUUUCCCCCUUUGGUGUGGCUAAUUGCAACGGAAUGACUGUAAAUCCCAGGUGUCCCUGAAUUUGGACCAGCAAAUGCUCAAAAGAAACCCGCGUAACAAAUACCUAAUUUCUACAUGUAAGAGGCAUACUAAACAUACACAUAUUAGGCAUAAAGUUUAUCAAUAAACAUUUUAAAAUUA